AUGGCGGCGAUCAAAAUAAUCCAUCACACCAAGUCCGCAUCCCUGUCUCUCCAUCAGAUUGUCGAACGAUCGGGCCACAAGGGCAACUGGGCUAACAGGAACCGCGGGGUGGUGCUUGUUUUCUGCAUCGUUUUUCUCGUCGUGGUUGGAAUCAUGGCACUAUUUGGGUAUCGACGAAUGUUGCAACGGAAAGCCAACAAGGAGUCCUAUGAGACGACGAGUGACUAG